AUGAUGAGAGCAUAUUUUUGGCUAGCUGUACACUUUUUUUCCAGUUUUUGGAUGAUCCAAAAUAUAGAAAUAUGUGAUUUUUCAAAGGGCUCUUUAGACGUGGCACUUAUGAAUAACAAAAUUGUGAUUAGUAAUGAUGCAAACGAAAUAAAUCAUAGUGAUAAUAAUAUAAAACAUUGUGUAAAUUUUACAAAGGGGCUUGAAAUAUUUACAUUUAUAUGCCCAAAAGGAAAUACCAAUGAUAAUUAUAAUGGUAUCGAAAUUCGACCUGUACAAUGUUUUGAAAAAGUUCGAAUAAAUGGAAAAGAAGAAAAUUUAAAAGAUGUUUUAAAAGGUGUUAUAACAGAAAAUAAAGAAACAGAUACAGAAAUAAUAAGGAAAGCAUUUAUUCCUCCAACUAUAUAUCAUGAUAUGUCCUUCGAAUGUUCAUGUGAUAACAGUUUAACUAUUAAAGAUAAUUAUAUUGGAGCAAGAGGAAUUAUGAGAGUACAUUUAAAAAAAAAUAUAAUUUUUGGAUGUGAUUUUAAUUAUGAUUCUAGUGAAACUAAAUUUUCAAAUGGUAAGAGUGGGUUUGCACAUUAUUAUGACAAACAAGUUGUAACUUCAAAUAAAAAUAUAGUUUGUAAUACAGUAGUUGAUAAUAAAGAAGUAUAUCUUGGUUUAGCAUGUCCAGAAGGAUAUGAAAUAUACCCGGAAAAUUGUUUUGAGAAUGUUUUAUUUGAAGACAAAGUUGUAAAAAUUAAUGAAAUAAUUAAACAUGAUGUUAAAUUACAUAUUGAAAAAAAAAAAAAUAUAUCUUUUGCAUCAUUUGUUUUAAAUCCAAAUGAAAACCCUCAAAGUUUUUCAUGUCAUUGUAUAAAAAAUAAUGAUGAUAAUUCAUUACCCCUUAUUGCAAAUAUUACAUUUUCCAAUUAUGAGUCUUAUUCUUUUAAUUUACAUGUAACUUAUUUAAUCCUCAUUGCCAUUAUUUUAAUAUCAUAUAUAUAA